UUUAUGUGCAUCAUGUUUCUAUCAACAAUAUUAUUAUUCUGAUUAUUUAUACUAGAAUCAAGAAUAAAAUUUGGAGAUACAACACGCAAAAUGUUGAAUUGUCGCACGUGUGGUAAGGAUUUGUUGGAGAAUGAUCUUUACGAGAAUAUGGAAAAUUACAUAGACACAUACUUCCACCUAACCGCACUACAGCUCAAUGACUAUGAAAACCCAAGUCUUUCGAAAAUAUGCAUAUGUUGCGUAAAAAAAUUGAACGAAUUUGAUAGAUUCCGAAAAGUAUGUUUAGAGGUUCAUUGGCUGCUGCACAAAAUAAAAAAUGAACCUAAAGAAGACGAAUCAGCGCAAGAAAUUGUCACUUUGAAAUUUGAAUGCACAUUGGAAGAGAACGCUCUGCAACAAGAAGAUUUAUCAUGCGAAAACAUGGGCAGAAAUUCUAAUUCCAAUGAUAACUCUGAUGAUGCUGAUAAUGAUGAAGAUAAUAAUGAUAGUGACAGUGAAAUUAAAAGCGAAGCUGAGUCGGAGCCUAAGAAAAAACGUGCCAAGUGGGGCAGUCUAAAGAAAAAAGAACCCAAAGAACGAAGGACCGUUUAUCCUUGUGAUAGAUGUAAUAGAAAGUUUUUCGUAUUGUUUAGAUUUAAAGCCCACAAACGAACACACGAUGGGCUUGUGCCAUACGAGUGUGAAAUAUGUGGGAGAGGAUUUCCUUGUGCAAAGAACUUGAAAAGGCAUCACAUGCAAAAGCAUAGCGCCGAUCGAUUAUCGGUACCAUGUGACCAUCCGGGUUGUGAGCAGGUAUUUGCCACACGACAAGGAUUAAACAGACAUAAAAAUCGUGUGCAUAAUCCCAACUACGUUAUGCCUCCGCGGUCAGCGUUCAUUUGCGAUACUUGUGGAAAAGAGUACACUACUAACGGAGCACUUAAGAUUCACCAAUAUAGUCAUGCGCCCGCCGAAAUGCCUUUUGUUUGCAAAAUCUGUUCUAAAAAAUUCUCUACUUCGGCGAAGCUGAAAGAGCACACAUUGCGUCACCAGGGGGUAAAAAACCACACUUGUCCUCAUUGUGGUCUUCAGAAAGUAUCCAAAAACGAACUAACAACUCAUAUAAAAAAUAUGCAUUCUGGACCACGUUGUUACUCAUGUGAAAUUUGUGACCGUGUAUUCAGUAACACAAGUGGUUUGAGUCUCCAUGUAAGAAUCGUACACCAAGGAGUCAAACCUUACGUAUGCACAGUUUGUGAAUUUGCGUUUGGUAGAAGUGAUCAUCUAAAGCGACAUAUGAAAGGCCACAUGCGGGUGGCUCUAACAAAACAGUGAUGAAAUAUUCAUUAGAUAUGUUGUGAGCACCAUUGAGAUAAACAAAAAUUGUAUUGUAUUAAUUAUCUGAUCCAUGGUCUUCAAAUAAACAAUGAAAUUUAUUCUUA